AUGGAGGAUUCGGCUGUCCGGCUGCAGGACAACCUGCAGAGCCUCGACGCUGCAGAGGACAUCCACGCGCUACACACAUACCCCGGUCUGACCUCGAGAAGCAACCGCGACUUUGAAGCAGCAGCCGCUGUAGCAGCAGCAGACGCAGCAAGCGGCUCACAACCGUUCGAUGCACUCCCGGCGGCGACAGCAGCUGUAGCUAAUAAUUUGCAUCCGUCUACCGUUACCAGCCAAGAUGAUUCUCUUCCCGAAAAUCCAGCAACCCCUCAGUCAUUACGGCGCCCUCACCAGCAGCAACAACAGCUAACACAAGCGCAUCACCAACAUCAGCUCCAUCCCCCAAACAAUAGUAAUGGAUUCCUCGAACACACAAACAGUAGCACGGUCGAUAUGCUGGAUCAUCUCCAGACAUCUCUUCCGCCGCAUCUCUUAAACCAGUUCCACGAUGCAACCCCUCCUAUGGGUGGCGGCGAAUCGCCAUUGUCGCCUGCUAUUAAUAAAGGAGAACCCUACUUUAAAAAUAUGAAAUUAAUUUCGAAUCCGCCCGAUCUUAAAAGAUGGCGGGAGCGACUGUUCAAUGUUGAGGAUACGAUCGUCCUCAGUGAAGAAGAAUUCCAAACCUAUUUCCCCCACAUCGACAACGUCUACUCCCACCGCUCCACCCAGAAAUAUAAGCGCAAGCUCUUCGUCUCUCACUACUGGGACUGCCGUCUCAAGGGCCGACCACCUGGAACUCCCAAAUCCCGCGACCCAAACAAAAAGAAGCGCAAGCGCACAGCCCGCGAGCGCGACCUCUGCGACGUCAAGAUCAAAAUCACAGAGUAUCUGCCCGGAGCCCUGACUACGCCACCGGGUUUGGGCCCUUCCCUUCUCUCCAUCAACUCGCCAUCCCUUACAACCACGACCACUGCUUCGUCAGAUAUGCAGCCUGCGACCAGUAUCAGCUUUCCUGGCUCUGCGGACCAGAGUAAUGGCGCGCGACCCCAUGUGGCGGGCCAUCAUCCUCAGUCGCAAUCACAGUCACAACUGCAAUACCCGUUCGGCGUUUUAGCGCCCAGUGCGACCUUGCCGGAAGGCCACCCUGGCGCUGCAGGUGCGAGGUACUAUACAAUUCAGAGGGUAAAUGGGAAUGGGGGCAAUGGGAGGACGGGUGGAAUUGGCGGGCCGCAUCGACAUACUUUGGAAGAAAGUGACAGGAUUAAGAAGAACAGUGUGCAGAGGUAUUUGCUGAAGGAGGAAAAGGAAAGGAAGAGGAUUAUGGUACAGCAGAAAACAUACCACAAAAAGGCCUCGGGCUCCGCUGCCGUAACGGUCAAAAAACACGCAAAAGAAGCAGACCUAAAGCUCUUCGGAAGUUGUUUCUGGUAG